AUGAGUAAGAAAAAGGAAGAAAAAGAUCAAAUGAAUUUGUUACCUAGUGAUGAAAUUAAUUUCAUUGAUGGAGAGGAUGAAGAUGACAUUAUGGAAGUUAACAAUCGAGGAAAAAGGGUAGCCAGUGCAGGCAGUGCUAGUGUCAAUUCCUCAAAGAUGCAAAAGCAAAAGGAACCAAUUGAUUUAUAUUUCACUCCCAGACCAGAAAUUGUGGUACAAAAAAGAAAGGAGGGGGGAAAACAAACAGCCAUUAAUGAUGCAUGCAAGAAAGAGUUGAGAGGAAGAGCGUGUGCUACUUUUGCAAGGUGGAUGUAUGAUGUAGGAAUUGCAUUCAAUGCUGUUAAGUAUGAUAGCUUUGCCGAGGUUGUUGAAGCAAUUGGACAAUGUGGUCCUGGCAUGAAACCACCUAGUUAUCAUGAGGUGAGAGUUCCUUUGCUUAGGAAGGAAUUGGAUAAUACCAAUGCUUUGAUGAAUGACCACAGGGAGGAGUGGUCAAAAUUUGGAUGCUCAUUAAUGGCAGAUGGGUGGACAGACAAGAGAGGGAGAACAUUGCUUAAUUUCCUAGUAAAUAGUCCAAGGGGAACCAUGUUUAUUGAGUCGAUAGAUUCUUCUUCUUUUUCAAAGGAUGGUGACAAGAUGUUUGACUUACUUAAUAAAUUUGUCAACCGCAUUGGAGUAGCAAAUGUCGUCCAAGUCGUCACAGAUAGUGAGUCAAGCAAUAAGUAUGCCGGGAGGAUGUUAGAGAAAGAACACCCACAUUUGUAUUGGACCCCAUGUGCUGCUCAUUGCUUAGACUUGAUGUUGGAAGACAUUGGGAAAAUACCGUCCAUCUCUAGAACAAUGCAGAGGGCAGUGGAGUUGAAUAGUUAUAUUUAUAUGCGACCAAAGUUGUUGAACAUUAUGAGGAACUUUACUCACAAAAAAGAGUUGCUUAAGCCUGCUAAGACUCGAUUUGCUACAUGUUUCAUCACAUUAUCAAGUAUUCACAAGCAAAAGAAUAACUUGAGAAAGAUGUUUACUUCAGAAGAAUGGAAUCGUAGUAAAUGGGCGAAAGAGGAAGCCGGUAAAAGAGUUGCUUCUUAUGUUUUGAUGCCUUCCUUUUGGAACAACAUUGUCUUUAGCCUUAAGGUUUCCGGUCCUCUUAUUCCGGUUUUGAGAUUAGUCGAUGGCGAGAGAAAGCCUCCCAUGGGAUACAUUUAUGCGGCUAUGGAUAGGGCUAAAAAAGCCAUUGCAAAAUCAUUUGGGGGAGUAGAAGAUAAAUACUCAGAUAUUUUUGAAAUAAUUGAUAAGAGGUGGAAUGUUCAACUUCAUCGCCCUUUGCAUGCAGUAGAAGAUGAAGAGAUUGCAAAGGGUUUGUAUGCAUGCAUUGCAAGGUUAGUCCCGGAUGUCAAAGACCAAGACAAAAUUACUGAGGAGCUGUCCUUAUAUUCUAAAGCUGAGGGCCUCUUUGGUAAUCCCUUUGCUAUUAGACAGAGAAGUACACGAGGACGAGCUAAUUGGUGGGAAGCUUAUGGCAAGUCAACAAAACUUCUCCAAAAGUUUGCUAUAAAGCUUCAUAACAAGAAAAGAAAUAGGCUUGCUCAAACAACGUUGAAUGAUUUAGUGUUCAUCAAAUAUAAUAGAGCAUUGAGGCGUCGAUAUAAUAUGCGUAACACUCUUGAUCCCAUUUUACUCGAUGACAUUGAUGAGAGCAACGAGUGGUUGACGGGGAGGAUGGAUGAUUCUGAUGCAGAACAUGAUCUAGUCUAUGAAGAUGAUUCCUUGACAUGGGGUGAUGUUGCUAAUUUUGAUGGUAUUGGAGAGACAAGCAGGCCGCAACGGUCUACUAGAUCAAAAUCUAGUUCUAGUUCACGGUUACCAACAAAGGGAGCAGGAAGUUCUUCAGUUCGACUUGUGGAUGAGGAUGAGGAUGAUUCAGAUGAGAUAGAAGAGGAUCCUGAGAAUCAUGAAUCAUAUAGUGACGAUCAAAAUGAUGUUAUGCUUAUUGAUGACGAGGAUGAUAUUUAG